AUGUUGACUGAAGAUUCUCCCGAUUGCUCUAUGGUGCCUGUCGGGGACGGUGAACGAGUACUCGUCUCGAGCACUGACUUCUUAUCUCCUAUAUCUCAAGACCCUUUCCACCAAGGCUGGAUUGCGGCCGCUAAUACUCUCUCCGACCUCUAUGCCGUUGGGGCCGACGACAUCAAUAACAUCCUCAUGAUUUUAACUGUCAGCAUGAAGAUGUCCCCGCUUGAACAGACAGUUACCACCAAGAAGAUGAUAGAAGGCUUCAAUGCUUGUUGCGAGGAGGCCGGAACCAAGGUCACUGGUGGCCAGACUGUGUUCAACCCUUGGCCCCUGCUAGGUGGCUGUGCUAUGGCUACAAUGCUCCAAUCUCAACUGGUCACGACCGACCGGGCAGUCCCUGGUAACGUCAUAGUCUUGACGAAGCCUCUGGGCACGCAGGUAACUGGUAACCUGGCUUUGUGGAUGAUGAAUGAGGCCCAGUGGGGUAAGGUUGUCAAGGCCGGUCUAGACGUCGAGACCUGUACUAGAGCCGUCAAGAUGGGUGACCUUAGUAUGAUGACUCUGAAUAAGAACGGCUGCAGGCUCAUGCGGGAGUUCGGAGCUUUGGGUGCUACUGAUGUCACAGGGUUUGGUCUAGUGGGCCACGCUGACAACCUGGCCCGGGUACAGAAGUCGGGAGCUAGUAUCGAGAUCGAUACCGUCCCUACUAUUCAGGGUUGCAAGACUCUAUCGAUGGUUCGGCCCAAUGGUAGAGACUAUGGUUUGCUAGAGGGUCGGGCGGCUGAGACCAGUGGUGGCCUGUUGGUCAUGCUUCGUGAUAAGGAAACUGCCGAGAAAUUCAUAGCAGCUCUCAGAGCUUGCUAUAGUGAUGAUGAUCCACGUCGCGAAUGGGGCUGGAUCGUUGGCAGAGUGGUCGAAACCAAGAAAGGCGAUAAGCAGGGCGCCAAGGUCUUGCCUGAUCCCAAUGUGAUAGAGGUAUAAGGAGCUAGAGCAGUGAGUAUAGCAGCAAGGUCCUUGCUGGUGGCAGCGAAUGAAUCCUGAGGUCCAAAGCUGCUCAGCUAACUUCGGCGAUGACGUGCUCGCACUCGGCAAGGUCUUGACUCUUUCUCACUUCGGUUAAUCUUCAGUCAACUUAGUGUAUUUUUUCUUG